CGCCGCGCGGCGAGGAAAGGGGCGGGGCUUGGCGCCCUCGGCUUCCCAGUCAGUGGCUGCCGCGGCGCCGGAGAGCGGAUGUUGUUAUUGUUGUUGUUCCUGUCCGUCUCUCUCUUCCCCCUCCCCGGGACCAUGACGGGCGCUUCCUCCCGGCGGCCCUGAGAGGGAAAAGCUUCGGUGGCCAAUUCGCUCGGAGCUUCGGAGGCGGCGGCGGCCCAAGAAGCGGCGGCUACUGCUGCUCUUGGCUCUCUCUCUCCUUUUCUCAUUCCCGGCCUCUUCUUCUUCUGCUUCUUCUUCUUCCUCUUCCUCGCGGCCCGGCCUGGCCCGGCCAUGGCGGACUUCGACGAGAUCUACGAAGAAGAGGAGGACGAGGAGCGGGCCUUGGAGGAGCAGCUGCUCAAGCACUCGCCGGACCCGGUGGUGGUGCGCGGCUCCGGCCAUGUCACUGUGUAAGGAAGGGAGGAAGCAGGGAGACGUGGGAGCGAGGUGGGCGAAGAGGGAUGGAGGGCGGCGAGAAGAGGAAACGAGGAGCUGCUUCUGCAGGGCCCAACUGGCACCUUCCUGUCGAGGCACCUCUGACCUUCCGCGGGGGAUUUCUGCAGUCCAGUUUCGUUGCAACCCUUCCGCCUUCAAAGCCUGCUGAAAGUACACAUCCCGCUUAGGGUUGCAGCAACUCUUUGUGUGUGUAUAUAUAUAUAUAAGCUGCUAUGCCGUCUCUGCAAGCUUUUGCAGCAGCCCUGUAAGAUAGGCCUGUUUUCUUCGUGUUGCAAAUGGGGUGGGGUCUGAAGCUGGUUGGUUUUUUAGGGCCCUUAGAUAAGCCGAGGUAAGAUUCGAAUUCAGGCCUGUCUGUCUCACAUUUCCUUAGCUGCUGUGCUACCACAGUGUAGUGGCGUGCAUAUAUAUAUAUAUAUUACUUGUUUUGUUCUUGCUUUAGCUUUGUGAGGUAGGUCAUCAUGAAGGAAGGAAGGAUGAACUGAGAGGUAAAGGAAUUGUGCUUCUGCAAUCCACUCAGUGGAUCCAGAUGUGAAGCAGGACUGCUUUUGCUCCUCGUCAGAAUAGUUUUGGUGUAUUGUCCAAGGUCAUGAUAAAGUAAUGUAAAGUGUUAUAGUACUUCUGAACAAUAUCCUUAGAAUAAGGGUUUUCAGCUGUCUUGCUCUUUCCUCUACUCACCUUUCAGAGGUUUGUGUUUAUUAUCCAGGCUCUUUUCUCUUCACGUUGUUUAACAGUUAAAAACCCAAAUAGCUCAGUUGGUUAGAGUGCGGUGCUGAUAAUGCCAAGGUUGCAGGUUCGGCCCCACAGCUGCAUAGUCCUGCAUUACACGGGGUUGGAUCCUCAGGGUCCCUUCCAACUGCAUGAUUCUAUGAUCCAGUGUGCUCCAUCUAGGAUUUGCUAGGAGCUCCAGCUCUUCCUGUGCCCCUCCCCCAUGUAUUUAGAUGCAUAGAGUAGAUAAAUGAGAUUGAUUCAACCCAUCAUUUAAAAUUUGGUCCAUAUUCUUAUAUUCAUUUGUUUAUAUACUUUCAGCCCUGUUCAUCAAGCUGUGUGAAUGUCAGGCAGCUUUAAGCUUUCCAACCUAUUCAUGCUUUUUGCUCUUCUGUCUCUAUGGACCUAGAAGUGCAGCUGGCAGGUCAGGUGCUCUGUUGUGGAAUAGUCUGUUAUGAAGAAUUAUGUAUGUCUAGGGAAGUUUAAUGUCAUUUUGUGCUUGUCACAAGUUUGGACAUAGACUUCCCUGUUUUGGGAGAUCCCAAAAUGUCUGUGCAUACUCACAGAUGUAAUUGUAUCCCCUAGUGCUAAGGGAUGUGAUCUCAGGUCCAUUAUUGCUAUGCUUGUAGGGCAUACUCCACUUUUUACUAGCAUUCCAUACAAACACAAUUCGUCAUUGGGUCAAUAGGGAAACUAAGCUAAUGAGAUUCAUUAUGACUAAUAGCAGAAUGUGAAGUACUAAACCAAAUAAUGAUGACAUGUCAGGAAGUAGAACACUUGGGAUUUGGAUAAGUGUGUGUUUUUAUACAUGACCAGCUGUGCUAUAGAUGAAUGUAAGUUGUUAAUGCUUCUAUUAGUCAUAGUCUCAACCUACACGUAUAAUAACAUGUUUCAGCUUUCUGCCAAGUAGUUAUGAUGUGAAAAACUCCCCUUAAAAUACAGCAGUUAACAAAAAUGACAGGCAUGUCUAGAGCACUAUGAGUGCAUUUAUAGUACAGUAUAUGAUCUGGGUCACUUACUUUGCUGUUUUCUAAACUAGAUCUCAUUUCAUAUUAUAAGGGUUGCAAAUUCUAUAGCUUUCUGUGAAUGAGCCCCAUUGAGCUCAGUGAAGUUUACUUCUGACGAAACAAGUUUAGGAUUACACUGAGUAUGCAGUCCUGUGUUCCUGACAUGGAGUAUUUCCAGGAUGUUGAGGGAUAUAGCCAGUAGUACAAACAAGUAAUGCUACUUGAAAUGGAUUGAUUUAAAUCACCUUGAGAAUGAUUAAUUUAAAUUAAUUAUUUAAAUGAAGUUUCCCAUGCUGUCAUUCCUGAAUGUGUGUGUAUACUAGUUGGUUGGUUAAUGAUGAUCAAAAUACUUUGAUCAUGCAGCCCGCAUACAUUUAUACUACAUUUUUCUUUUCAGCUAUGGUUGGUGGUGGGUAGAAUUGCAAAACUUAAUGGCUUUCUGUUUGGCUCUCUGUAUGUAUUCAGGGACAUUAAUGUAUGUCUUAAUAUCUCUCUCAGAGAAUUUCUGUCCUAACAAUUAAAUGGAAAACAACUAAAAAUCAAAUUGAAAAGCAAAAUGAAGACAGAACAGUGAAAAGGAAACAAUCCAUAAAAACAAGUAGGAAUCUUUAAUAAGUCAGGUAGACUACCUGCUGGAAUAAAAAUGUAUUAAGGUCAAGAAGGACACCAGAGCCACUGAGAAGGCUCACUCAUGCAUCUCUGUCAAACAAGUGUAUCAUAGAUGGAGGCAGGAUGUGCAAAAGGGCCUCUUUCCUUUGAUCUCAAAAAGAUUGGCAAGGCCAAACAAAACUAAAAAGGUUAUUUAGGUAUUCUGGUCCUAAACCAUUCAGGGUUUCUAAUGUAAUGACCAGCAUUUUGAAUUGAUCCUGAUAUGAAUUGGUAGGCAGUGCCUCUAGAGGAACAAAAGGAACCAAUUGCUUUAGAGUCAGAAUCCUUGCUACAGUUUUUUGUAUCAACAGAAGUUUCCAGAUGCUCUUCAAAGGCAGUCCCAUGUAAAGUGCAUCAACAGUAGUCCAGUUAUGUGAUAACUAAGGCAUGUUUUAUCAUGUGUCUCUAGACUGGUGCACCAGUUGCACCUGUUUCAUAUGUUCAGCUGCCAUCUCAACUUCCAAUAUCAAGGCCAGGCCAAGGAGGUCUCUCUCUUACUGUAGACCUGAUAGCAUAACCUCCAUGCAAAACAAGCUGAACUGUCACUCCUUGAUCUGUGUUUUGUGUUGUCUGGAUUAAACUUCAAUUUGUCAAUCCACAUCCAGUCCUUUACUGAUCUUAGACACUUGUUUAGAACCUUUACAGUUUCCCUAGGGUAAGAAGGAAAGGAGCAGGCAAAUGGAAUAUCAUCAAAAUAUUCAUGGCAUCAAACUUCUGAUGUUUAGAUUAUCUUCCCUCAUGACAGUCUUCUGGUUUGGUUGGAGAACCUGAGAACCUGAACACGCUGUAGAAUUUGGCUAGUUAUUGAGAAAUUCAAGAUCACCAAGCUUAAGUGGAUGAUUGUGGUGAGAUACAGGAUACCUGAAUACUAUCUCUUUUAAAAGCUUGUCACUUCUUUGGUUCAAGAGGGAUAUGGCCUAUUUUAUAUUUAUAAUAUCUGACCUCAGAUGUCAGAUUCUCCCCCUCAUCCCAGUUUAUUGCUCUUACGUAAACAAUUUUUUCUUUUUUAAUGCCAGUUAAAAGGAUAUUAGUUUCAGUUUGAAAUAUGUAUGUUUUAACACAUUGGUAUUAAAUUUAGAUUUCAUAGUAAACCAGUUACUGUUAGAGAGACUUUCUACAAUGAAAAUUAAAUUAAUCAAUUAUCCAUCAUGUUGCUAUUGAUCCUUUUAUUUAUCACUUCUAUACCAUGUUUAAUUAAGUGUGAUAUUGUGCUCACCCUUACAACUUUUAAUGUUAUGAUUCACAUUGUACAGAUGAGGAAUUGAGGUUGCACAAUGAAUUAAGGGCUAGAAUGGCCCUUGAAGUUAGACCUCCUGGAUUUAUUGCAUUCCACUGGCCCUGCUAGCUAGUACUGGUCUAGAUACCCUAAAAAGACUGUCUAGUGGUUUGAGAAUUAUUUCUAAUAAGAACGUAAGAGCCAAAGGCCUAUCUAGUCCAGUAUCCUGUUUUCUCAGUGUCUGAGCAGAUGCUUGUGGGAAGCCAAGCAGGAUUUGAGCACAAGAGCAUUCUCUCUUCUUGUGAGUUCCAGCAGCUGGUUAUUCAGAAGCAUUGCUUCUUCCACCUGUGGAGGCAGAGCCUAGCCGUCAUGACUAAUAGCCAGUGAUAGCUCUCUCCUCCAUGAAAUUGUCUAAUCCUUUUUUAAUAGAAUUCUAGUCAGAAGUAUAGUCCACUUAGGGGUCAUCUGUCUAAUUAAAGGUCUUUUUGAUCAUUAUAGGUCUAUUCCAUAGUUUGCAGUUGAGGUCACGUGUAGGCACAUUUGCUUACAGCAGCCUUUGCCAACUUGGUGACCUCCAGAUUUUUGGACUACAACUCUCAUCAGCUCUAACCAACAUGGCCAUUCCAGCUGGAGCUGAUGGGAAUUGUAGUUCAAAACAGCUAGAGAAUAUCAGGUUAGUGAAGGCUGGCUUACAGACUAAGCUUAUGCUUGCCAUUUGGAUUUGCUUUAGGGAAGUUGUGUAGUGUGGUAUGAUAAUGCUAGUUUAGCAGUAUCUAUGGCUAUAUCAGUUCGGUGAUCAAAUAUAUGUCUGCAAAUUUACCUUCAAGGAUUUGCAUAGCUUAGUGUCUAUUUGUGUCCGCAUAACUGAACUGAUAUAAUAGCAAAGUGAAGAAUGCUGAUCACUUGAUUUUAAUUGUAUCUGUAUAUCUUUGGUUUGCAUUUUAUGGUCCUACUGUACAUUGCCUUGAAACUUCUGCAUAACAGAUUGUAUAUCAAAAUCUUAAUGAUAAGUAAUAGCAACCUAAAUAAAUAUACUCCUUUGUCUUUUUUUUUAAAAAAAAUCCCUACUAUAAAAUGACAAAGACACAUUAAAUGUUAAUAUUAACAUUUAUGUAGUCUCAGGACUAUGCUUGGCCGUCUUUAAAACAUAGAAAUGAUCUGAUCCCUAGCAGAGAGUUUACAAAGUGCAUUGAGAACAAAAAUAAUAAACAAUCCAUUGCUGUAUUGUUUGAAUUUCUUUAAGGUGGCUCGUUUUGGAGGUUGCUGUUGUUACAGAAUAUAGCUUUUGUCUCAGGAGGGAUUCUGGCCUUCGGGAAUAUCUUCCUGCAUGAUCUACACCAGCUGAUAAUACACCAUCAGAGUAUCUUCUGGAGCUGUACUGCUGAUUCUGUUUUAGCUUCCGUAUACGGUGCCCAAUAAUCUGCAUGCCUAGGAGACCUAGUAUAAAAGUGCACUGUUUUAGGAAAUUCCAGAGAAGUAACUAUGCUAGUCUCUCCCUGAUUACAACAAACAUGCACAAAGGUCUUUUAGCACUGAAAACUUGGAGGGGGAACACUGUACAGUAGUACCUUGGGUUAAGUACUUAAUUCAUUCUGGAGGUCCGUUCUUAACCUGAAACUGUUCUUAAACUGAAGCACCACUUUAGUUAAUGGGGCCUCCCACUGCUUCAUCUUGAAGCAAAGUUCUUAACCCGAGGUAUUAUUUCUGGGUUAGCGGAGUCUGUAACCUGAAGCGUAUGUAACCCGAGGUACCACUGUAUUCCCUUGAGGAUAAUCUGUCAGCUGCAUGCUGCUAGUAGGCAGUGCUUCCCAUUUCCUCUCUCUGCUUCUGCCACACCUUCUAUGCUGUUGCACGGCCUGGAAAACAUGUGUCCUGGGUUUUGCACUGGGACAUGUUGCAGGGUAUGGUGGCACCAUUCACAUAACACAAACUACCACAGAGGUAUCAUGGGUUGGCUUUUGAAAAACAGGGUGUUUGCAGUACUUAGCUGAUUCAGAACCACUGGCUUAGUGGAUUGUGGGUUGUGGGGCAGAUGACUCUUCUCAGAUGUCCAAAGAGGUAGCUUGCAGAGAGCUUUUGAUAUUCGGCCAGGAGAUGCAGAUUGUACAUGCCUGGCCUAAAGUAUUAGCAGAUUGUGGCAUAGAAGUUUCAUAGACGAGAGCCUCCUACAUCAGAUGAAUGGAGUCCUCAAGUUGCCAGAGAGAUUUAUUUCAUGAAAUUUAUACACUGCUUGGUUGUAAAACAACAACAACAACCUCAAAGCGCUUUACAAAAAGAUAUGUGGAUUUAGAGGACCAUUUAAUGGACAUUUGACCCCACUGUUCAAAGUGACUGUUCAAAACAGCAGUAAUAGCAAUAACCCAAACAUGCUAAUUUAACAGCUAUAGUGGAAGGGGAAAGCUUGAUCAGUAAGCAGAACACUUUUUUUCCAGCACAGGUGUGCAAAUAGCAUAGGCAAGCUAAGAAGAUUGUGUUAUUUCCUCUGAUGUUCACUUCAUCGAUGAUGUGGACUCUAAUCCACAAAAGUUUAUGCCACAAGAAAAUCUGUUAGCUUUCAACAAUACACUACUCUUUGUUUUUCCUAGCCAUUCCAGUAGAGCAAUUAGAUUAGAUUAGAAAAUGGUUAAUUAAGGUAUGGAAUGUUGCUCAGUUGACCUAAUUGACAAACAUAAUAAGUGUUAGGUAAUUAUACAAUUUAAAAGGAAUAACUAGCAUAUUUUAUUUUAAAUCAGGCUGAAUGCUUUUGCAAAACAUGCAUUUAAUAUUUAUAUAACAUUCAUUUACAGCCUGAAUUUUUAUGUUUAUUGUAUCAUAACUUUGAAUCUGUUUAAUAUUUCUAUACUUAGGACAGGAUAGUUUUCUCUUUUAGAGCAUAUGUCUUUCAUAUAAAAUAAAGAUUUUGUAACAACACUUUAAUGUGGAGGGAAGAGCAGGACUUGGCCAGUGGGUCAGCUCCUUAUCUCUUUCCCCUCUCUGCAGGUGAACUUUGAAAGGUUGAUGGGACCAACUGCCUGUCAUUUACCUCAUGUCACAAUGACAUCAGGUAACCCGUUUCCCUUUGCCUCAUGGUUUGAAAUCUUUGGAAGCAUUGAUGAUUAGCUGGUUGCUGAUACCUCAAAGCGCUACCAUGGGGCUUGCUGUAGACUGAUCAGCACUGACAGAAACCCCCACCCCCAUCUGCACUAAUAAUUUCCUUCCAAAGCAUCAAUAUUUUAUAAUAUAGUACAUGCUAUGACUUAGUUUUAGAUCACAGUUCUUUUCAGACAUGAGUUUACCAAACACAUCUGUCAUAUCAUUUAAAACACUGGUAACUCGCAGUAUCAUGCAUUGUUUCAGGAUAUAUAGUUAAUUCCAGUGUUAAAUCAGCAUUGAGACUUGGCUCUUCUAUCAACUUGUCUAAAAUUGAGCAUGUUUCAACACUGUUUUCAAACAGACUUUUGUUUGUAGGACCAAUUCCACAAGACAUUCAGUGAAAAUUGCAACAUGGAUAAGUUUGUAACAUGAAUAAGCAUCAACAGAAGUAUAGUGGCCAGAUCAAGGGAAGUAAUAGUACCACUUUUUUCUGCCUUAGUUACCCAUUUCUGGGCACCACAAUUUAAGCAGGAUACAGUGGUGCCCCGCAAGACGAAUGCCUCGCAAGACGGAAAAACCGCUAGAUGAAAGGGUUUUCCGUUUUGGAGUUGCUUCGCAGGACGAAUUCCCCUAUGGGCUUGCUUCGCAAGACGAAAAUGUCUUGCGAGUCUUGAUUUUUUUUUCCGCUUUUCCCCCCCUUUAUCUAAUCUGCUAAGCCUUUAAUAGCCUUUAAUAGCCUUUUAGCAGCUAAUCCCUAAGCCUUUAAGCCUUUAAUAGCCGCUAAACCGCUAAUAGCGCUAAUAGCGCUAAUCCGUCAAUGGGCUUGCUUCGCAAGACGAAAAAACCGCUAGACGAAGACUCUCGCGGAACGGAUUAAUUUCGUCUUGCGAGGCACCACUGUAUUGACAGGCUGGAAUAUGUGCAGAGGAAGUCGACCAAAAUGAUCACGGGUCUAGAAAACAAGGCUUAUGAGCAAUGGUUGAGGAAGUUGUGUAAGUUAAGCCUGGAAAAGUGGAGUCUGAGAGGAGAUAGGAUAACCAUCUUCAAAUAUCUCAAGGGUUGUCACAUGGAAGAUGGCGCAAACUUGUUUUCUCCUCCAGAGGGUAAGACCCAAACCAAUGACUUCAAGAUACAAGGAAGGAGAUUCCGACUAAACAUCAGAAGGAACCUUCUGACAGAGCUGUUUGACUGUGGAAGGGAAGGUGGUAGAAUAUCCUUCCUUGGAGGUUUUUAAGCAGAGGUUGGAUCUGUCAUGGAUACUUUUGUUGAAAUUCCUGCAUUGCAUGGGGUUGAUGGCCCUUGGAGUUCCUUCCAACUACUGCAGUUGUAUGAUCUGGGAUGCUGUCUUUGGGCAGUAGGACCCCUUUGUGCCUGCCAAGGGCUUCCCACCCCUCCCAAUUUUAAUUGCUUGUUGGGUGGCAUGCUUUCUUUUUUUGCUGGUAUUCUGUUUGAGGAUGGGGUGGGAUAGUUGUUUUGCCUUUUUGUCAAGAGAUUAGCUUGCAUAGGUAUUGCUGCUAACAGCUGUAUUUGGAAGCAGCCAUUAUAGUUCAUUUACCUGACUUUCUUCCCAACACUAUCAUGCUUGAAAUCUUUCUGGAGGAAUGUCUUCUGAAGAGACUCAACUUGGUUCCAGUGAUCACAUGAACACUAUUUAUGAGGACUGGUGUUGGCUCAGGAGCCAAAUACAGAUGGUUUUUCAAUACAGAAUUCCUUUUGUUAAUCUUAGAGGGUUUGCAAGGGUAACCUCCAUGGGACUCUUCCAGGCUACAGCUCUGUCCAGGCAACAGCUUUCAACAGCCUUGUUCCAUGCUUUCCUCAAGGGCUUUUGCCUGGCUGGAAUGUUUCCUUGAAUUGUGUUCAUAUUUCUUGCUUGCUCAGAUAGAAGAUAGAGAAAAGUGUGUGGAGUUUGGGUAUAGAAACCUCUUAUUUUUGUGAAGGUGGAGCAUAGCUUGCCGUACAAAGGUAAAAGUCACACCUGUUGCUUCAAUCACCACAGACAUAUGACUUUCACCUCUGCUUUGAAAAAACCUGAAAUUUUCUUUCUACUAGAAGUGAUUCUAGGGUGGUCCAGCGCAUAGCCCGAGGGCCACAUGUGUCCUUCAAAGCCUUUUUGGGCAGCCCUUGGAAACAUUUGACACCCCUACCAUUUAUUGUGCUGUCUUACCCAAGCUGGGUAAGUGUAAUACUGGGCUUUAGGAAGGAGGCAUGAGGGCUCUGACAGGGUCUCCCACCUCCUUCCCAAAGCAUAGUUAGUGCUUUCCCAGCUUUAGGAAGGAGGUGGGAGGGCUCCAGGACCCUGACAGCGCCUUUUGCCUCCUUUCCAAAGCCCAGUGCUUUGCUUAGCCAGUUUUGGGAUGGCAGUGUGAGAGCUGGACUGGGUUGUGUCAAAUUUUGACACAUUCCCUCUGCGUGACAAGGUGGCAUGUGGUUUACGGGUUCCAUGUCUAAGUACUCUUGUGGCCCAUUUUGUAGUUGGAUCCCCCUAUUCUAGAGGGUUUGUGUGGGAAGGAGGAGAAAUUUGCCCUUAGGGAAGUUUUUAAUGACUGAUGUUUUUAAAUAUAUUUUUAACCUUCUUUUGGAAGCCGCCCAGAGUGGCUGGGGAAACCUAGCCAGAUGGGCGGGGUAGAAAUAAUAAAUUAUUAUUAUUGUUAUUGUUAUUUUUAUUCUUAUUAUAAAAUGUAGUAGAGUGGACUCAUUUCCUGGAAUGUGUGAUUAUUCUUUUUUACAGAACAACUCUGGUAAAGUUAGUUGUACUAGGGAAAUCAAUGAGUGAAAUCAGCAGGACUUGAAUUUUUCACAUUGAUUUCUAUAUGACCUAAGUGUAACUAACUUAUAAGGCAAUAUAGGCAUGUCUUCUCAGAAGCAAAUCCCAUUGAGUUCAGUGGGGCUUACUCUCAGUUAGGCAGGUAUAGGUUUACAGCCUUAUUACAGCUCCCUUCCUGUGGAAUGCCCCCCCCCCCCAGAUGUCAAGGAGAUAAAGAACUACCGUAUUUUUCGCCCUAUAGGGCGCACCGGCCCAUAGGACGCACCUCGUUUUUUGGGGGGGAAAUGAAUAAAAAAAAUUUAUUCCCCCCCCCAGCCGCCGGGCUGGGGCCGGGGGAACCCCAGAACAGGCUGCUAUCCGCAAGCCUUCCGGAGGGCGCCCCGUGCUUUGGGCUUCAGGCUGCUGCCUGCAAGCCUUGCGAGCCCGGCGGCAACUCCCGCCGGGCGCACAAGGCUUGCGGACACCUGCGCGAAGCACGGGGCGCCCUCCGGAGGGCAUCCUGUGCUUCGUGCUGCAGGCUGCUGCCCGCAAGCCUUGUGAGCCCGGCGGCAACUCCCACCGGGCGCGCAAGGCUUGCGGAUAGCUUCCUGAAGCCUGGAGAGUGAGAGGGGUCGGUGCGCCCCCCUGUAUUUUGGAGGGGAAAAAGUGCGUCCUGUAGGGCGAAAAAUACGGUAUGUAACUUUUAGAAGACAUCUGAAGGCAGCCCUGUAUCGGAAAGUUUUAAAUGUUUGAUAUUUUACUAUGUUUUACAUAUGCUGUAAGCUGCCCAACGUGGCUGGGGAAACCCAGCCAGAUGGGCGGAGUAUAAAUAAUAAAAUUAUAUUGUUAUUGUUAUUAUUAUUCUGGACCCAUCCCCUUAUUUUUCUGCCUCAAGGCAUGAAUAAUUCACAUGAGGCAAUAACUAUGAAUUCUUCAAAUGGUGGUAAUAUAGCACUUGUGUGUACUGAGUGAUAAUAGCUAUUAAGGUUUCACCUUGACAAGUUUGUUGUUGAAAUGGCAGCACAUAUAGAAGUGUGGACCUCUCAGUCAUGCAUCCUUGAUUUUCCUUCAAAGGGAACUUUGUGUUGAUCCUCUAAGCUGCUGCGGUAGAGAAUAAAUGUUUUUAAAAUAGGGCAGCCUCAGAUGCGACACUAGUGGGGUAGCAUGUAUUGUGUGCUGUCACUGCCCUCAGUUGUAGCAUUUUUUUAAGUUGCUGGAUAAAUGCAACUUGUCUAUGCAAGAGAGCUUUGGAAUGCUGGACAUAAUAGAAAAGACCUUGGAGUGAAAAGGAAGGGUACUUUGUGUAUGUGAGUGAGCAUUCUGCAAGCAUAGAUACUUCUUGGCUGCUGGCAAAUGUGCCUCUUUCUACAAAUGGAAAUUUGUUAAAGUAUGAGAACAGGAAACUUGCUUCUUAUCUGUCUUUACUUGUUCUUGUUGGAGUUCUAGCUGUGAUGAUGGAUUUAUUUAAAUCAGAUUUCCUGUCUUGUAAAUUGGGCAUUUGCUGAAUAAAUGUGCCUCAUUGGUUGCUGUCAUAAUUAAAACACACUGAUAUGCAGCUAAGUAAUGCUUAUAUGCAGAAUACCUAGGAGCAUAAAAGACUUAGUGAAAGAAAUACAACUAUCAAAUUGUUUGGGUUUCUGCAUGUCAGGACACUAUUCAAUACAGUGCUACCUCUGGUUAGGAACUUAAUACGUUCCGGAGGUCCGUUCUUAACCUGAAACUGUUCUUAACCUGAGGUAUCACUUUAGCUAAUGGGGCCUCCCGCUGCUGCCGUGCGAUUUCUGUUCUCAUCCUGAAGCAAAGUUCUUAACCCAAGGUACUACUUCCGGGUUAGUGGAGACUGUAACCUGAAGUGUUUAUAACCCAAGGUACCACUGUAUCACUUAUUUGAACAAAUAGACCAUAGAGAGUUAAGUGUGUUGUUUUUUGGCACAAAUAUACCAAACCUCCUAGAAGCAAAAGUGGUAAUUAAUUGGGAAAAGCAGUAUUUUUCCAUAACAUGUAAAUAAAUUUCCAUGCUAAUCAUAAAUUUCAUAAUUUGCCAAAACAGCAAAUGUGAUACAUGGCCUACUGCAUUGUAUUUGUAAUGAUCAGAAAUCUCUCAAAUAUAUAUAUAUAUAUAUAUAUAUAUAUAUAUAUAUAUAUAUGCAUGCGCUUUUUGAUAAACUUACACUGAAGGGAAGUAUAGAUUUUAACUUGUAUGUUUUAAAUUCAAAUUUCAUAUUGGCCCAUAUUUUUAAAACCACACUUUUUAAAAAAUAGAAAAAAAUCAGUUGGUUUUAUUCAUUCAGCUGGGUAGACUUCUGUUCUAAAUUUCAAGAAAGAAAAGUAAACAUUCUGUUUCUAAGGCUUUUGUAGUGUUCGGAAUGUAUUUGGCUUCAGGUUUCUGUGUGUUGUGGAAGUUUUUGAUAUCCCUGACAGCGAGAGAGCGAGGCCCAGGUUCCUAUGGAUAAAGUAUACAAAACUUUGAACCUCGCUUCUCCCAGCGUGAAAUUGAUUUUGGUCCCCAGUACGUCUGGACCACUAGUUAUUCCAGUGACUUUAGGGGGAAAAUUAGAUGUGGUAGGACAACCACAGGACCAAUUCCUGAAGUCUUGCACAUAUUUUAACACUUGUAGAGUACUUAUCCCAGUUCCUAUGUUCUUAUUCUCUGCAUGGGAGUUAUUAGUGGCUAAUUAUCAGGCCAUCAUGGUUCAUUAUGAUUCUUUUUUUAUGGUGUAAUCUCUUCUCCACAGUUAAUUGUGUUCUUGGGAGCAAAAGGUCAGACUUUUUUGACUACUAGAAAGAAAGAGGUCAAGAUGAGAGAAUAACACAUGCCCUAAGAGCUUAAGAUAUUUCAAAUGCAGCCGCUUGACCUUGCAGAGUCACUUAUGGUUAAGGAUGACAUGAUUACUUCCAGAGAUUCUGCCGAAGUUCCUUGGCUUACACUUUAGAUCUUCUGUUCAUAAAUCUGAUUAAUAACUAGAAUGUGAUUGAAGUGUAUAGCUUAUUUGAUGUAACUUUGCAUCAGUCAAACAUUCAUACACAUACAGUAGCUGCCUUUCUUUUCUUUUUUUCCAUUUCUUAAAAAAGUGUCCUAAGAAUUGGUCCAUUUUGUAUACUCGUUCAAUACUUUCAAAAGUGUCUAAAUUAUUAUGGGAGAGUUCCAGUGGCUCUCUUUCCUCUGUACACCUUUUUGAGGUACACAUAUACUAAAGAACUUGCAAACUGCUUUCUAACCCAGCUGUAAAUUUACACUGUUAUGACACUCUGGCUUGGAACCGAGGGUUGCAAGAUUCUCAAUAUACCUGCAGGUUGAGAUCCCAGUUUCUUGCCCUUCAUUACACUACAUAUUCCACAGUAGGUCACUUCACAGUUUAUGUGGUAGACAUGUUUGCACUCUGUGGCACCAUGUCUGGCAAUAGACACCAUUAUUUAUACUUACCGUAAAUACAUUGCCAGUCCUUUAUUAUUUUUUCAAAGUGGCUGCAAUAAAAUAUCAAAUAUAGCAGUCAACAAUAAAAACAAUGCAAAGUACAAUAACUAAAAUACAAAUACAGUGGUGCUUCAGGUUACAUACGCUUCAGGUUACAGACUCCGCUAACCCAGAAAUAUUACCUCGGGUUAAGUACUUUGCUUCAGGAUGAGAACAGAAAUUGUGCUCUGGCGGCGUGGCAGCAGCAGGAGGCCCCAUUAGCUAAAGUGGUGCUUCAGGUUAAAAACAGUUUCCAGAACGAAUUAAGUACUUAACCUGAGGUACCACUGUAUAGCAAUAGAAAUGGUAAAAAAAGUGGCUCGGUUGCUUAAUCAGAACUAUAACGCUUUAACUUUCCCCUAAAACUGAAGACAAGUAGUGUUUCUUGGGGAAAAGUGUUGAAAAGACUUUGAAUGUUCAUGGAAAAGUUGCCACUUAAUGUAGUUCCUCAACAGGUAGAUCAAAUAGGACCUGCAACACAAUGCUGCAGUGCAUCCUCACCCCCUAACAAGAGUGCUCAGGGUGUCAGCCAUAGUUCUGCAUUACUAAGCCUUCAAGAUACUGUAAUCUGUAAGGGGCUUACGUGGGCCAAUUCUCUCACUAUCACUGUUUCACUCAAAUUUGUGUACACAUGCACACACUUUCCCAGUUUUAUUUUCUGACGCUUAACGUUCUGGAAGCCAUAGCAUACCUGCUGGUCUGUUGGUGGUUUUCGUUUUGGAUUUUUAUUUGUUUUUUUGUUUGCUGAUGUAUCCCUCUUAUUUUGCAGGGGCACCAAUUUGACUUAAGCCUUUUGUCACUGAAUCGCCUGAGUUUGCUAUUGAUGUUAUGUAGCAGGCCUUCCCUGUCUAUGUUGGCAGGUGUGGGGGGAAGCAUUCUUGCAUGUGUAGUGUUCCAGACUUUUCAAGGCUUUAAAGGUGGUGGUCUGCACCUUGAAUUGAGCUAGAAAAUAAUGGGCAGCUAGUGCAACUUGGAGUGGUCCAGGGAUUCCCUGUUCGAAGCAAAGCCUGUCCAUAAAAACCCAGGAGGUAGUGGGCACAUAUUGGGGAAUUUCAGUUGUCUGUAGUUCCCUGGCAGAUGCUAGCCAUAUGCAUGCCAAACUAGUUUUCCCUAACAAUGUUGCAUGGCCAUUCUCACAUAGUAUGGCACUGAGAAUUGCUGCAUAUUGCUUGAGUUUCCCCACGUAGAUGUGUUUGGGUUGUGCACAACCAUGUAUGUGUGCAAUGAUGGGAAGUAAACUGAUUUAAAUUGCAAAAAUGGCUCAAAAAGAGCAGAAAAAAGGCCCGAAAAGAGCAGGAAAACAACUAGCAGUUCCAGGAGCCUUUGCAACUGUGAUCCCAUGAGUCUUUGAACCGACCUUUUAAGGCCUGUGGAGAGUUGGAGUUUGAGAAAGGAGGUUUGGCGAGAGUGGUUGUGGUGGAGUUUAGUGGAAUUUUGGUGGUGCUUGGUGAAGUUUAGAAGGUGUUUACAGACUUUUUAGAUGGUGUUCCCCAUGAUGCACGAUUUCAAGUAUACUAGCGGUACCAGAAAUGUAACCCUCGUGUAAGUGGGGAGAUGCCUAUACAGACAAAUCCAACAGCAGAAAGAUGCAGUCAGCUGAAUAAUGGGAUUGCAAGCGGUUGUCUCUUCUACUCGCCCAAUAUGGGGUUAUUCCUGAAUGUCAGAAUACAUGCAGGUAUCCCUUCAGUUGCACUUGCUUUUAGUAGAUAAAUUUUAUUUUAAAUGAAUGAGGAAAAGUGUUAAACCCAAUCAACAAACUAAGAUGAGGCCGGAAGACUGUGCAGGAUAAAAAGUCAAUAAUGCUGUGGAUUGUGUAGUAGAUCCAUAGCAAUUUGGAAACGCACAAGAACGUGUUCAUGGUCCCUAACUUUUGUCCUUUCUUCUGGAAUCUUUGCUCUCAGUUUUUUACCUAUAUUUAUGCCACGCAAACAUAGCUUUUUAAAGCAUAAGCUACUUUGAGUUGGUAGUGCACUUUCCAAAUAGAUUAUUGACAUUUCAGUGAGACUUGCUUCACAACUUUAUGCAUCAAUAGUGUUUGGUGUAGCUGUUACAGCACUUGCCACAUUAAAUACAUAACAUUAAAGGAGACAAAAUAUAUUCCCUCCAACACUUGUGAGCUUAUGGUUAUGCAAUGUAGUUCCCUGACUUUAUUUUUCUUACCAAAGCAAAUAAAAUUACCCUGUAAAGCAUGCCAUACCAUGUAGAGUUAAAGAAUAUGUUCAUUUUCUGUCUGCAGGUUUGGACUGAGCAACAAAUUUGAAGCAGAAUUUCCUUCGUCCUUAACAGGAAAAGUAAGUAUCUGUGAAUGAAAUUCAUAAGGAGAUCUGACAGAGAUUUUAAUUUUGUGAGUUUAAUGUUGCUUUUAAAACAGAGAAACGGAUUUGUUAAUGUAAAUCAGACAUUAUAUUUAUCACAAUGCUUCAUGGUUCUUUCUUGCAGGUUGCACCUGAGGAGUUUAAAGCCAGCAUCAGCAGAGUGAAUAGCUGUCUUAAGAAGAAUCUUCCAGUCAAUGUCCGAUGGCUGCUUUGUGGCUGCCUUUGUUGCUGCUGUACUUUAGGUUGUAGUAUGUGGCCAGUGAUUUGCCUCAGUAAAAGAGUAAGUUUGAUCAUACUCAUUGCCACAUAACCUCAGCUUCCAAGUUCAAGACUUCUUUUCUCUGUGCCUUAUUCUGCUUUACAAAUACUUUUUUCUAAUGUUAAUUUUUAAUGUUAAUGUUACUUUCCUGGGCUUGCUUAACACAGUGGUUUCAACUUCUAUAGUGGCUGAAGGUACAUAGAAAACUAACACUAGCCACUGUGGAAAAUUCAACUGUUAAAUAUGAAUACUGUAUAAAGAUUUUAUCAAUUUUGUGUUAGUGCGUCUUCAUGUAACUGAUGAACUGAGGGAAUGGUACUGUAGUUUCCAGCAGAGGCUUUUGUUAUUUUUUUAAAGUUGCUUAGACAUAUCGUUGCCCACUUGGAUAAUCCUAGGAUCUACCAUGACUGUAAUUUAAUUGAUUUGAAUAUUUUAUAAUUUCCGUAACUUGCCCUGGGAUUUAUGGUGAAGGGUGGGUAGGAAUUCUAACAAGUGAAUGAACAUGGAAAAGUUUCAUAUAUAACUAGCCACCAAACACAAGCUCUCUAAAUUCUGUUGACACCCUGCCACUCAACAUUGACAUGAUGUCCACAGAUUUUCCUCAUGCACAAACCUGGGAUGAAGGCUUUUCACAGUUCCUAGUACAGUGGUACCUUAGUUUACGAACUUAAUCCGUUCCGGAAGUCCGUUCUUAAACCACAGCAUUCUUAAACCAAGGCAUGUUUUCCCAUAGCAGCGGGGGACUCAGUUUACAAAUGGAACACACUCAACAGGAAGCGAAACAUGUUCUUAUUCCAAGGCAAAGUUCACAAACCAAAACACCUACUUCCGGGUUUGCAUCAUUCUUAAUCCAAGUUGUUCAUAAACUAAGCUGUUCUUAAACCAAGGUACCACUGUAUUUAAAUCCUAGCAGCUAGUCUCAUCUAUAUGCAAUUACAAAAUAAAGCUGGAACAAUUAAAAAAAAAAGUUUUUGGCGCACUCUAAAGUUUCAUUACACAUUGUUCUUAAAGACUAAUGUAUUAUGUGCUUGAGCUCUUUAGCAAUUGAAGUACUUAAGUUAAUGCCCACUUUGUGCUUUAGAAUGGGUUGCACCAAAUCUGAAAAUGGUCGUUUUGCAUUUACUAGCAGGGGGACAUAGGAUUUUCAUAUGAUGCAGGUGACUGCUGAAGGAAAAGUGUUACAUUUAGUAUAAGGAUUACAUUCAAUCUGGAAUUUUAAAUGAUUAAAUUUAAAUUUAAAUUUUUUAAUCUAGCGAGGGAAAAGACUACUUCAUUGUUACAUUAGGCUUGUUUAGGUUUUUACUCAAUAGAAAAUAGGUAGAAAAGGCUGCAAAUCUGUGCAUUCAUGCUUAGGAGUUAGUUUCACUGAACUCAGUAAGACUCCUUUAGCAAACAUGCAUAGGAUAAAUCCACAAGUGUAUCGUGUACAAGUGUAUCAUAUCUCUCUGUAGUUCCUGUAUCAAACCCUGUUUGAUGCAGCUUACAUAAAUAAUUGUGUAUAGUUUCACAACAAGAGUGGUUUUUAACUAAAAAAUAAAUUUCAUGGUUAACUAUGAUGUUGAAAGGAGAAACAACCGCCACGUUUAGUUUUUAAAUUUUCCUAGUAAACUUUCUUCCACUUAACUUUUGCAUCGUUGUUGUUAGCAAAUAAUGUGCUCUCUAGUAUGCCACUGAUGGAAAAUCUACAGGGUUGUCAUCCCCGUCAGCUGGGAAAGUUACUCAAAUCAAGAGUCCCUUUUGGGUUUUGAAUGUCCUCACCUGCUCCUCACUGUAAAUCAUUGAGAUGUCAAGUGCGGUGAUUAAUUAAGCUGCACGUGCAAGUCUUUCCCCCCCUUCACCUGUCAAGUAGGGAAAAGGAAGCUUGGUGUCGAGAAUUGUGCGACGCUCUUUAAUUCACUUUUUCUUCCCCCGGCUGAGAGGUACUUGCUAAUGUUUCAUUUAAACUUUCAUUCACCUUUUGUAUGGCUGACGGGGUUGGGUAUUGUUGAGUGAUUUUAUAAAUGUUGCAAGCUGUUUGUACAUGCGACGACUUACAAAUAAUAAUUUACAAAAUUAGUAUUUGUAGAGAAAAAAAUCUUACAUGCUUGAGGUAUACAAUAGUGUUACCUACACUCAGGCUUUGGCAACAGAGUGUGUUAAAACUGAAAUACGAGUGAUGCACAAUUUGUCUUCUACAUGUGUGUUGCCUGCUUAAUACUAACUGCUAAUAAUUUGUUUUAAGCUGCCUAAUAUGUUUCCUUCAAAUUCAGUGCCCUUUCUAACUUCAUAGUUAAGUCCUUCAUCCCCUCAAUAAGAGUAACAAUAGUUGAAUGUUAAAAUUUGUUUCAUUAAAAGAUGUCUCUUCGUAGUGUUGCGUUAAGUUUCUGUAUUCACUUUCCUUUCUAGGGUGCAAAGUGUUUUAACUCCCCUAGUAUUUGGGAAGCUGGUUUCUUUUCUGUCUUUUCUCCUUCCCCUUCGUGCAGGCAGUGAAAUUUAAAUUGUACAGCAGUCUUAAUCUAUUAUUUAAAAGGUUCUAGCAAGGAAGAUUACAAGGUAGCUUCACAUUUUUGAAUCGGUUUUGCCAUUGGUUUAGCAGCGGGUGGGCAGGCAGAUGCCUGCUCGGAGUAGAACCUAUUGCCAUUUUUCACCAUUGAUAGAGUAGCCUUUCAGAGUCAAUGAGCUCUGUCAAUGUGAGCUUGUCAAGGCUACAACUUCAUAGACCUGAGAGGCGGUUUGAGAGGUCAGCCCUUUUCAGGUUUGCUGUGAUGCAAAUGAGCUUUAAUGCUUAAACAACUAUUGGAAUUUUUAUGUCUGCUCCUUGUUCUUUUUUCUUCACAAAGUCAUUGACGAGACAUUCAGUGCUUUUUAAAUUGGAAGUUGCAUUGUGCUAAAGACCUAGUACAGAUUUACGGAGGGCUGAAAGCAGUUAGAUCAUGUUCUUUUCAUGGUGCGAUUAGAAUCAAAUCGAUUUCCCUACAGCCUUCAGCAUUCAGAUGGCAAUUUUAACAAAGCUUAGGGGGCUAGACAAGGGACAAAACGACUGAACUGAAUGUUAAUUACACUCUGCAGCCUUAUUUUCUUUUGAUUUGGAGCUGACUGGCAACUAAAUUAACAAAAGUGUGACCAUAACUGCUGCCCUAUUUUCAUUUAAAAGGAGAGCAGACUCUAAAAGGCUAUCUUGACAAAGAAACAAGUGAGGUCUGCUGAUCAUUGUUAGAGGGCAGGCACUGUCUUUAAUAAAAUAAAAUAAAAAGUAUUGGCCAAAAGGAACAGAACUUUAAAAAACAAUGUAAUGACUUUGUCCUUGCUAUUAAAAUGUGUCCCAGGGUUCUUGGGAAUCCCUUCUAUUUUCGAAAUAUAAUGAAAAGGUAAAAAAAAAUAUCCUAAUAAUUAUUCAUGCCUAACAAAGUUGAUUCUUUCAAGUAGCUAGAAUUCAGGUUUAUGCUCUUGUGAUUGUUAUAAAUGAAAAGAAACCACUAUAUGUAUUUUUUGCCUUUCGUGUAUAUUCAGUAGGUUUGAUGAUGAAUGCUUUUAAGUAGUUCUUAAAAAAAAUGCUUGUUCACUUGCUGCACCAGUGUGCAUUUUAUAGCACCUCUUGUUUAGCAGUAGUUGAAGUGCAAGAUGCUUCUCAGCCCCCCCCUUUCCCCCUCCCCAACUUCUCUUUGCCUUGUAAGGAAGCUGCAGCUGUAUGAAGUUGAAUUUGCCACAAGGCUCAGUGAUCCAUGCCUCUGCACCUGCAACUCUGGUCUCAUCUCAACACCUGGUGUUGUGAUUUAUCCUCCCUAUUCAUAAGGACUAGUAAAUCCCAUUUUACUACUGAGCAGUCGAUGAUACGGCAGUCAAGUGACCAUAAACAGCAGCAGGACGUAUUUCUAAAUCAGAACACCAACUGCAUCUUCAGAGUAGCAGAUUUAGUGCAAGGGGAUUUAAAUAGUUCUCUUAAAGCUGGAUAACUUAAAUUCAAGGGACUUAUCAAUGUGCAGAUUUCCAAAUAUUCUGGAACAAUUUGUGCAUUAAUGAGAAACCGUAGAUUAACAUUUUAGAGCUCCAGUAUGUGAAAUUAGUCAACAGCACGGCAUUUUGUAUGAAUGAUAGUUAUCAUAAUGUCUACGCACAGUAUGUGGAAACUAUCCCAUGCUUGAUCUGCAGUCUGUUUGUUUCAAGUUACUUGAAUUAUGAGGUAGCUUGGUUCCAUUAACUUCAAUGGAUCUAAAUUGACUCACUUAACAGUGUUAGUGAAUAAAGCACUUUUGGGUUUUUUAAAAACCUUUUAUUAAUGUACAGCUUUGUAGAUAAAUACAUUUUCCAGCCAUUUAAAUAUUUCUUAGUGUUGUUUUUUUAUUUGGUCGCUGAAACCAUUUUUUGAAACACACACCUCUUUAUCCUAGCUAUAAUUAAUACCAGAAAAUUUGCAGUACGGCAGACCACCCUGUACUGAAGUUGCUGUCCUUUACCACGUUUCUCUUCCACCCCAGCCACCUUUUCCACACAAAGGCAGCUGCAAAACAAACUUUUUUCCAAAGCUGCUCAAGAGUAAAAUUCUUUCUCAUUUGUCUUCCAGACACGAAGAUCGAUUGAGAAGUUAUUAGAAUGGGAAAACAAUAGGUUAUACCACAAGGUGAGUGCCGCAGGGAGCAGCUUCGUACUGCUGGGGCCUGAAUUGCACAGUAUGGAAACAGAUGCUUUUGUUGAACGCGAAAUAUGAAAGCUGGACAAAUGGACUAGUCUCUGUGCCGGCGAUAAAACACAGCUCAUUUUUCUUCCCCCUUUUUCUCCCUGUUGUCUAGCUGUGCUUGCAUUGGAGGCUAAGCAAAAGGAAAUGUGAAUCGAAUAACAUGAUGGAAUAUGUAAGUUAAAGGGCUGUUUUGUGCAUUUCUCUAUUAAAUGAUCAUUUAUUUUGCUUCUGAUCUUAUUCUUUCCACGAUUAUUAAUCAGCAAAGGUGUCAGGAGCUUAAUCGCCUGAGUGGCAAGGAUUUUCUACGGUUCACAGAUGUAUGGUUUCAUGCGCAGGGCUGAUUUAUAAAGUUAUGAAUGACUUGAAAACAAGGCUUCACUGUGUUCCGGGGAAAAAAUAAUAAAUUAAUUGCCAAGAUAAAAUAGCUUGAACGUGCGUUGAUGGGGUGUGAAAUUUUCAGAUGCUGUAUAAAAAGAAUAACUGCAACUUUGGCUACGCAGCGAGUUAGUUGUGGACUGUUUUAUAUAAUGCUAAUCGAGUCUCAGUGUAUGGAAGGAGACCUUUCAACUAAGCUGUUGGAGCUUAGGAAACCUUUAGACUUUGUCGAUUUUAACUGCCCCCAUACCUCAGCAGUCUUGAAAGUAGCUUGAGCUUUUACUAGCUUCAUUCAAAUGUUUUAAAAGUCAGGCCUGAUAAUAAGAGCGUGAUGUGUCGGUUUUGGCUCUCAUUCUCUAGCUCUAAAGAUUAUACAGAAGAUGAGGAGGAUUUCUUGAAAGACUUUUCAUGGGGUGCAUUUGUUUCUGUCCCCCGCACCCCACCCAGCAAUCAGUCCUUGUAGUUUUUCUUAUUUCAUUUCACUUUGCUGCGCCUUUAAAUUUUUCAGUUGUGUCUAUGGAAAAGUGGCAUGUGAAAAGAUACUUAACUGCUUUAAAACAAAUAAGCCCUUGCAAAACAUGCUAGUAUUAUAAUUUUUUAAAAAACACAAGCAGCGGUUAACAAUUAAAUUAAGAGUAACCCCCAGUGGCAUCUAGCUUUAGCUAUUUCUAACACAUCCAUGCCUUUUAAUUAUAUAUCUUGUCUAUUCUCUAACACAAUACAUGCAUUAUAGACUGUAUGUUAAAAGAUUGAUUUAAAACAGUGCUUAAAUAGUUAGAAAUUAUCUUAAAAUCAUCUUUUCUGUUAGCACUGAAGAAAAGGGGAAAUACUAAGGCCUAUAUCUAGCCUAAAACAUAAAAGACUUCCUAAAAUGCCUUUUUUCCAGAGUAGUUCUAUUCAACUAACUAUUUCUUUUUAACAUCUAUUAUACUUAACAUGUUAAUUUAUGAUCAUCUAUUAUAGUGAACAUGUUAAUUUAUGAUCAUAGACUCAUGAUAACUUCACAGUAAUUGGAGGCAAGAAAGAAAAUUUGACACAGGUUUUUGAGGUUGGCCUGUGUAAAGAAUUCAGUUUUGUAUUUUCAUUACUGAAUGCUUCUGGUCUCUUAAAAAUCCACUCACAUUUGAGGGCCACAGUCCUGAGCAAAUUUAUGUUGAGAAUGUGCCUAAUUAAAACUAGUGUUUUUCAACAAGGUGUUCAGGCAUUGAUGAAAGUUGUUAUUGUAAUUUCGCAGCCCAAUGUAGAAUUGUUUUUAAAAAUUAGUUUAAAUUCAGGUACCCCUUUAGGCAACAUUUAUUAUUGGUGGGAAUGUGAUAGAGCAGUGGUUCCCAAUUAUCUUAAGUACUGUGGACCUCCUGUUUUUCAAAAGCCAAGCCAUGGACCUCCUACUUUUGAAAAUUUGGAUACCUCUAUGGUAGUUUUUGUUAUGUGAAUGGUGCCACAGACCCCCUGAAUGGGUUACACGCACGGUUCCCAAUGUGGGGCACACGCCCCACAGCGGGGCAGUUUGAUUUUUAAGGGGGGCAAUUUGAGAAUGAGUUAUUAACCGUUAAUGGCCUUUUAGGCUUCCUAAAGAACUUCCUAUAGAAGUUCGCUUUUUGAAUAAUAAGAAUUAUAUGUCAUGGGGGGGCAUCAAUAUUUUCGAGAUGCUUAGGUGGGGCAUGGCCAGAAAUAAGGUUGGGAACCACUGGGUUACACAGACCACCAGUUGGGAACCACUGUGAUAGACCAACAGCACUGUAUUUAAACUUUUUACAACUAAACUGCACGCUUACUUGGUGAAAAGGGCAAUGUGUUGGUUCCAAAACAGAAACUUGCUAUUCAUGGAAGGGGAACCUUUGGGUCCAUGCUAUUGUCUUCAGUGGAACAUUCCCCCUCCCCUUAUGAAAAUAGGCAAUAUGUAGUUGAAGACUACUUCUGGAUCAAUCUAGGAGGCCUACAGACUUGGGUCACUUUCUGUGUUGUUCAUUAUAGUACAAUAAGUUAUUCUCAAACAGAAACACAGAACUAGCUGAAUAUUAACCUUUCACAAUUCCGCAAAGGGUAGUAAGCAUUUGAGUAAAAUGAGAGAUUUGCUGCUGUACAGCAUGGCAAGCAUCUCAGUGUUGCCACAGUUAGGAAGGUAGAUAAAUUGGGAAAUGGAAUAAACAGAUCCUCCUGCCUUACCUGUUUGUUUUCAUCGGGGAGAUCAUCUCUUGUCCUGCUAAAGCGUCAUUUUAAUUGUUGAAACAAUCACAUGUGUAACUAGGGGCCAAAUGUGGUAGUCCAAAAGAGAGACCAUCUACAUCUGAGGAAACAUGUUUUUAGUAAUCUAGCUACUUUCCUACUAUUCCCCCAAGACUGUAAACCAAAAUUAAUUAACAGAAUAGGAUGUAACCUCCCUGCUCCUGCUUGAAACAAAACAAUACAUGAAGUGAUCAUUCUCUGUAUUCAUGGAUAUAUUCGGAACAGUUUUUAAAGUAAGAAAUGUUUGUAGGUGAAGACAGUAACACCAAAAGAAAAGGGAAUGGUGGGGUUGGGGAUGAAAAUGUUGAAAUUGUAAGCUUAACUUAAUUUUAACUGAGUUACACAACUGAUGUAGUCCUAGUGCUGCUUUUACAUUUAACAAAGCUUCCUUUUAAAGGGUCGCACUUAAAUGGUUGUUAGCUUUUUGAAUGCUGCUGUAAUUGUUUAGGUGCACAGAAAGUCUUGCUCACUGGCAUGUUUCCUUUGAAACUCUUGUAAAAAUUAUCUUCAGUUUCACAAGAUUUUUACCCUAUGGCAUUGUGGCUCUGUUAGGCAAGCACAGGCCAAAGUUGCCCUCAUUAUGCAGGACUAGUUGCCUGUGUCGGUAUUUUUGUAUUAAUAACUGUGUUUAUUUUACUUGGCUAAAACCUUAUGAACCAAGCAACUGGCUCUUUCAGAAAUUCAUGAAUGAGUCUUGUGCAUGUAUCUGUAAGCCGUCGUGCAAAUAGUUAAGACAGCUAGUUCUGUGUGCACAAGGAGGGCUUUGAACUUGUGUUUUUUCACACAUCAAACCAAUCUUUGUGUGCCUCGUCUGUGAGGGGCCCGGAGGGAAGCAACACAAAAACGGGCUUUUUAGGAAUGGCUCCCCACUUGUGCAGUGCUCUCUCCAGGGAGGAUCACCCGGUGCCUUCAUUUAGGUGCCAGCCAAAAACAUCCUUCUUCUCCCUUGCCCUUUGGCUUAUUAAGCAAUCUAUGUCCUUUUAAACGGUGCUAGGUGGUGGCGGGGUUAUUAUUUUUGUUUGUUACUAUGCUGGGCAUUUUUGUAUCUUCAUAUUGUAAUUUGCUCUGUGGUCCUCAGAUGAAGGGCGGGAUAGAAAAUUAAUUAAUUGAUGAUGAUGAUGAUAAAUAAUAAUGAUAGCAGCAUCACAACCUCUUACAAGAGCAAAAACAUUGCAUUGUGUGAAAAGGGACCACUUUGGCUCUAGGUGGUUACAUGCUACAUCUGCAACCCAGCCAGAUGGGUGGGGUAUUAUUAUUAUUAUUAUUAUUAUUAUUACUACUACUACUACUACAGUAGUCAUACCUUGGUUGUUGAACACCCUGGAACUCAGACGUUUUGGCUCCUGAACGCCGCAAACCCGGAAGUGAUUGUUCUGGUUUGCAAAUGUUCUUUUGGAACCUGAACAUCCAAUGGGGCUUCAUGAUUUGAUUUUCAAAUGUUUUGGUAUCCGAACAAACUUCCGGAACAGAUUCCAUUUGACCAAAGGUACGUCUGUACUACUACUACUAGUAGUACUAGUAGUAGUUGCUGGGAAUUGCAAGUUGGGAGAGUGCUGAAAAAUGCCUGUGGGUACAUGUGCCUCACAUAACUGUUUGGAUCCCAUCCAUAGUUUUUCCUUUAGCACAGUAAAAGCUUUAACAUUGCUGAGAUGUUUAAAAAUGGACAGUGCCAUUAAUUACUCACUAAAUGUAUAUAUUUUUUUCUUUCUCUCUUUUACACAGGUCAUUCUUAUAGAAUUUUUACCAAAGACACCAAUUUUCCGACCAGAUUAGCAUUUGCUUUACUUUAGAGACUUACCCAAGUAUAUUGUCUUUUUUUCCAAUGGUGCCUUGCUUGGUGCUCUCCUGGUGAUGAUAUAGCAUUGGUUCUACAUAAUAUUGUGGUUUCUUCAUUCUUUUCUUUUGUAACGGCAUGUUCAAAGUGCAUUUUGUCAAAUUUUGCGGAAGUCAUUUCACGCAGACGUCAGUGUAAUUUAUUUCCUGUCCCUUUUCCGUUGUUGAUGUAUCCUGAUUUUUCCAGAGACUUUAUAUAUACAUAUAUCUAUGUAUGUGUGUGUUUCUGUGCGUGUAUAUAUACAUAUAUAGCUAUAAACAUAAAACCAAAAAUAGCUAUAAGUGAGAAGUUAUUUUUAACCCCAUAUAAAUUGUGAAAAUUGGCAAUCACUUUAAUCUAUGCACUUGCAUCUUCUCUGAAUCUCUGCAUAUUUUGCCAGCGACAUACUUGUAUAUAUCAGAGUUUUUCCUUCUCCUUUCUGGAACGUAAAUCAGCCACCUGUGAGGCGACAAGCAGCAUUUCUUGAUACCCAAACAUUGGUUCACCUUUGCGCAUUUCUCUAUUCCAUGAAGAAGUACCAUCUACUCUGAAGAUGUUCUUCUCAAGAAACUUGAAAUUGGAUUGCUAGUAUUCCACUAGAAGAAUUUGUGAUAGAUUUGCAUGUGUUCAGUGGUUAAUACUGCUCAGGAUCAUAAAAAUAAUUAGUAUUUCAUGGGGGACUGGUACACACGAAACACUGGUCAAUCCUGCUGGGAAUAAAAGAACUGGGAUUGAGGGGGAAGUGGAAUUUGUGAUCUCCAAACCUGCUCCCAAUCUCUUAAUCCUGGUUCAGAAUAGACCAGUUUUUUGUAUGUGUGCACCUACUGUGUGUGUGUGUGUGUGUGUGUGUGUGUGUGUGAGAGAGAGAGAGAGAGAGAGAGAGAGAGAGAGAGAGAUUAUAUAUGUACAUACUGUGUGGCUAAUGCCAUGUAACAGCUUUACUGUUUUUAUUGUUUACUAGAUCUAAUAGUACACAAGGAUGCAAGCUUGUCAGAAAAAUAUUUGUUAAAUACUUCAGUAGUUUGAGUUUUUAAAUGUUGCAGUGUUUGGCUCCAGGUCAGAGAAAGGCAGUCUCAAUUCCUAUUGAAAUUGAUGGGUUACGUUAGUUGUGACUAACUUUUAAAAUCCCAUCCAUUUCAGCGGGAUUUGAGCACAGUUAAGUUUCUAUAAUUAUUUCAGGUGGAGUCUUUGUAUGUAAAACAUUUACAACAUUGUACCAGAAGCUACAGAUGUGUUGAUGAUUUUUACAUCUGUUUAUCAGAUGUGCAAAUCAAAAAUUAGUGAUUUGGCUGAAUAGCUUACUGAAUGUACUGGAUAAAUACUUACUGCAUCCCAGCUUUUUUUCUCUUUUCUAUGUUUACAUGGUUAGCUUUCUGUUUAUUGUUUGCACAAGAAAGCAUUAAAAGAAAUGGAUAUGUGAUAGUAUGCUUUGGUCAGGGCAGUUUUUAGUUUUUUGGCUGUGCAUAUCUUCAUAUAUUGUGUUAAAGCCUACUUAAUACAACUAUUUCUGAAAAGCUUGGGGUUGUUGUUUUUUUAGCUUAACGUACAUGAACUGUAACAUAUGUUAAGGGCCCAUUCUUCAUGUAGCAGAGCAAUAAUGUGAAUAGCCAACAAAUGCAUUCUGCUUACUAUUUGUACUAUGAAAAGUUUACCCCACUGCAAGGAUUCCAUUUUCCUUCAUUUAAAUACAGUUUCACUUUAUUGUCAUUAUACAGAUAUGUUUAUUGUGUAUUUUUCAAUGCUUGCUGUUCAUAGCAGAUCUUCAUUAGGAGAAGCAUCUUUUGUAAAGGAAAGAAUUUCCAGGAAAGUAUUUCAAAUCACCUUUUGUCUGGGCUCUAUUUUUGCAUAUCACAAUAUACAGUUCUUCCAAAAUGUUCUUUUAAUCUGGUAAUAAUUGGGCAUGAUCUGGCCAAAGUUAGGCAUUUCUAUAUCACAUUGAUUUCAGUGGGACUCUUUCCCACUGAAAACCAUGCAGUUGGCUUUGGCUGGCUCAUGUGCACUGCUCUUUGCAGACAGUAUCUGCCUAUAUGCUUUUUAAAAUAUAAGGGCUUUAAAAAUGUGUAGUCUUAAACAAGUAUCCAAAAAUGAUCAUUUGUUGUCCAUGAUCUGCUUUUCCUUGAAGAAAGAAUUAUAAAGCAUUUCACCUUAUCGAUGAGCAUUCUAUUGUAUGUGUUAAAACAUUUGCAUGCUUUGGAAACACCUUCAUAAUACAGACUUGGGCCAUAAUCUAACACAGUUUGCUGAAGUUGGUUUAUCUGAGGAGGCUUAAUUGUGGCUAGAUCUGUGUUGGAUUGUGGCCUUGAUUAAGACGGAAAAUCCAUUGGUAUUGCUCAACUGACCAGAGCCUUUGUAAAAACUGGCUCCUUUCCAGAAUUCUGGGGCUUUAGGCUUAUCCAUUCACUUUCAUAAAGGUAGGAAUUCUUCUCCAUCUCUUUGCAUGUGCUGAGUUUCCAUGUCUAUCGAAGCAAAUGGAGAAUCCCUUGCAUGUGCAAGAACUCUAUCUGCAUGUUGGAGUUCCUCUGUGUAUGUAAGUUGCUGGUGUGCAGAGACUAGAUUUUAGAGUCACUGGUGCAUUAUUCAGUAGAAUUCCUUGUCCUAUUUGUUACUUCAUUCAGCAGACUUUUCGUCAAACUAAUCUUCCCAAGGGCAGUUGUAUACUGCCUGCUUGCAAUAGGACUUGUAUUUUCUGUUUUCUGUAAAGUGUACGUCUUGCAUGUAAAGUUAGUUCAGACUAGGUAGACCCCAAGGAGGGUGAGAACCACUUCAAUAUCUCACUAACCUUCAUGUCUAAGUGGGUUGAGACCAUCUGCUGGGUGGCUUAACAUGCAAAAGAAUGACUCACACCGGUGGUCUCCUUGUGCGAGCAGCAGAACCUGAAAUGAGGGGUCUUGCAUGUCAUCACGGAGGAGAGGAAUUGUGAACGUAAAUCACAUGCAACUUUCCUGGUCACAGAUCUCAUGGAAGACAUCUCAUGCUAUGCAACUCAGGCAAUCCAACCCUGUGGAUAAGCGUUACUUGCAUGAGUCAGCAGGAGGAGAUUGCUUCAACCUGCUCUAAAUCCACAUUUGACCACCCUCUUGGCUUCUUCUGUAACUGCUAAUUUGGCAGUGUUUGAAUGAUAUGGAUUGCUGCUUGUUAUUUCUUGUUUUGUAUGCAUUUCACUUACCAUGUUGUUGUUUUUAUCUGCUUGGCUUUUUGAAGCGUGGGUGGGGAGGGGAAGUUGGACCCUCCAGCAUUUACAAGCACAAAAAUGAGUAGUAGCUGAAUUCUUCCAGUAUGCAUAUUUUGAUAUGUAGCUGCUAAUGGGGGGUACUAUAUGGCUGACUUUUUAAAAAAUCAACCAUUUUUUAUCCCAUGUAGUGGUAGCAAUAUAUUUGAAAACAUGAUAGUGAAAAACGCUACAAAGACACAAACACGGAGGCAAAUAAAAAAAUCCCAAUUAUUUCCCCUCAAUUCCAUGUAAAGAUAUUUCAGAGGCAUGUUCAGAUUUAUUCAAGUGAGAGUGUUGUGGGAUGUCAUCUAAGGUGGCUGAUACCUUUUGUUCAUUUUAAAGGAGCAGCUGGGUACAUGCCCAUAAGUAUUCAAACAUGGGCAUUUCCCCCCAGCUUUGUCACAGUUUUUAUGUGCUGCAUGAUGUCACAUUACAAGUUGCCCCAUCUUCAUCUGAAGUGUGUUUGGUUCAGAACUGUGGAUGACGCAGGAAACUGAAAACAGCCCAUCAGGUGCCUCACAGACUUCCUGCUUUUACGGGCAGGUAGCAAAAAUUGAUAUAUCAAAUCCCUGAUAGGUUACUAUAUGUCUGACUUGUUCCCCUGCCCUCCAGUAAAGCAAGCAUUUUCGUAGUACAGGCUUUAAGAACAUGUGCCCUAUUAUUCAUUUCACAGUUACCAGGAGAGCUUAAGGCUACACAAGUCCCAUUCAACUCAAGAAGACAUGCUUCUCUGAGUAACUGGCGUAGAAUUGCACUGUAAACCUUUUGACAGCAAAAAAACAAAAUGAAAGAACCCUCUUGUAAGGAUUAAGUAAGAAUUAACAGCUCUCUGCCAGUUCAAAUAACCUUUUUCCUUCUGUAUAUGUAGCACUGAAAGAUGAAAGUUGCAUCAAAAUGUAUUACUUCUACUUAGGUAAGCAGGAGUUUGAAUUCCUCCCUAUAUUUUGGUUCUUCAGCACAUUCAGUAGUUACCUAUGAUUCUGUCCAAAGGCUAUGCAUUAGAAAUUUGGUCAAUUAUUCUAUAACAUAACACUUCAGUUAAAAAAAUGAUUUGAGUGCAGUAUAAGCACAUGGGCAACUAUAAAUUGCAUAUUACAUUUCAAUUGUUCUUUGUUUUGUGCCAAUUAUUCCUGUCAGAUGAAUGGCCCAAUUGAAAUAUUCAGUGAAAAUGUGCUAGUAUGGUUAGAGAAUGUAACUUACCUUCAGUAGAGGGAAUAACAAAGUGUUUCCUUAAUGUUUCUGUGCACUGCAUUUUUCACAGUUUCGGUUUCAUGUCAGCCAGCUGUAACUGCUAGCAUUAAAUUUAGAAAUAAACAUGCUCCAACUGUACCAUUUUCCUGAAAAUUAAAAUCUCAGUCUAGCAGCCUAUAUAAAACUUCUUAACACAAAACAAAACAAACGUAUUGUACAGUAUCAUCUUUAGAAAGUUGAAUAUGGGUUUGUAUUUAAAUAAGCUGCCUGUUUUGAUUGAAUUGUAGUUUUUUUGUUGAAAAUUUAAUUUCUGCUUUGUUAACAUAGCUAAACAUCAUGCACUAUGUAUGUUUCAGUGAAAUGCAUGUUUUUCAGUGUGUGACUUCUGGCUUGACACUCAAGGUUUUUGGAAAACUAACACAGGGCAAUUUAGAGUAGGUUAUACCAAUAGGACAAUGCGACAAAGCAUGUCAUUUUGGUAGUUUGGCAGAGAUAUUGCAGUGGUAUUGUGAGCAGCUAAUAUUUAGCAUGGAGUGACAGGUUUGAUAUAGGGCCAAUUAUUUCUAGUCCUUUCCUUCAGUCCUAAAGACAGCAAGUCUAGAUGUUACAUAGGUCUAGAUGUUACAUUUGUCAUACAGACCAGCAUUCCCAUAGCGAAUAUUUUAUCUCCUAGCUAUUUCUCUCAGUGCAACUUACCGUACAAAUUGAAGCCAUCAUACAGUGAGCUCUUCUGCUGACAGCCCUCACUGGUGUGAACUGAAUCAGGGGAAUUUGCUUCACGAAUUCCCGGCUCCUGCAGUGGAUUUCAAUAUAUUGAUAAGAAAAUCCCAAGGAGACUGUUCCCAUUCGCAGACUCAAGUCACCUUGCAUAGCAAGCCCUCAGAUAACCUGCAUCCAGAAAGGAGAUGAACCUUCCUGUGUCAGCAUGGAAAGCUUUUCCAUUAUGCAUACCCAAUUUUGCCUUCCCAAUCUGCUCCUUUCCCAUUCUACACACACAAGGAGAUCUUUCAACACUGCAUAUCGUUCCUCCACUGACACCAGUUUCCGCUGGCAUUCGCCUCACUAAAGUUGGAUGAGCUGAAACAACCAAGAGUCUUGUAAUGAGCUGCUAAUGAAAGGCAAAAGUUAGUUACAAGGCUGCUAGGAGCUUGUAUAGUCAUGUAUACCAUCCAAAGGUGAGAAGCUACAAACAUUGAUAGCAAGGAUUAAUUAGAAUGUUCGAUAUUUUCCCAGUAUACCCUACUGCAAAAUGGGUCUGUAAUGUUAGAUAUCCUUCUCAACAGACUAAUAUUGGAAGUAAGCUAAAGAGAGAACGCCAACAGCCCAGUCACAUUGUUUGUUCAGAAGUAAACCCCAUGGAAUUGUAGACUGCAAUCCAGUGUACACUUACUUCUGAGUAAACAAGCAAAGGUUUAGCUGUUAAUUACUCCUGCAUUCCUACAUUUCUCUAGAUAGCACCUGUUGGCUGUAAUACAGAAUAUACAAAUAUAUAUAUAGUAUUGCAAAGAGCACCCGGUUUCUUUGCGGUAAUGAUCCAAAUGACUCUGUGACUAUUUCCAUGCAUCCAAAGUGUUUCCCAAACAGCAGCUUCUCUCCCUGCUGUAACCCAUAGAUGGCAAACCAUUUUUGAAACAGAGGAAGUUUUGAAACCUGCUUGUCAUAUAGCAUGGUAAUCUGCUGUUCAAAGCGAACUUCUUUAAAAAGAAAAUAUCUGCAAUGAGCAUGCCGAAGCCCUUGGGCGUGCUUUAAGUAGUUUUUCUGGAUCCUGGCCAUGGUUUUUAGCCUUUUCAUACCCAGCCAAUGGGAGCCCUGUGGACUUUCGGCCUUCUAGAUUGUUGUCAUUGUGUGUAGCUCAGUUGAUUCUUCUACAUGACUGACACAUAGGAUGCAUUUGACUGUAUCUUUGGAAAUCCUGUUAAUCUCACGUAGUAUAUCAGAAAAUAGAUAUGAAAUGACAUUGUCUUAAUCAUAAUCUUUCAGUUUGCCAGCAUAUGAAAACAUAGUUAAAAGACCAAGCUAGAGAUCCAUUUAAUAAAAGUGUCAUUUUUUUUUCAUAAAAAGUGCAUCAAAUCCAAAAUCUGCAGUUAGAUGCUACAAUUUGGGUAUGAAGUGCAUAGGUAGACAGGAAAGAUGGAUGGGUUUUAAAAUAUAUAUGUGCUUAUUUAACCACAUUUGUUAUGGUUGCUUUAAGUUAAUCCACUUAGCCAAAUUCCACAAUUUUUUUUCUAAAUAUCAACCAUUUUUUUUCCUGACCUGACCCAAAUUUAGAAUGUAUUCCACUUGGAAGUCUCGCUAGAGAAUUUCCUAAAUUGUAUGUUACAAACUAAUAAAAUUGUGAAGCUAUCUUAUCAAGACUUGUUUUCUUUUCUAACCUCAAUAUGGUGCAUUCUUUUUCAUUUAUUUGUGGUAUGCACAAUCAUUUUGCUUCAUUUCACCAGAAUGUUUUUAAUUAUCCCAAUCCUUAAAAAGUUUACUUAGAAGUAAAUCCCAGUUUUGUGAGACUUGUUUCCUAGUGAGCGUGGUUAAAAUUUCAGCUAACUGUCUCUUAGAUAGAAAAGAAAAAACUUACUUUGAAAACAUUGCUAGUAACAAAUGCCUAAAAAAGCAAAGGAAAUUCAAACUUGGUGGCACAAUUAACACUGGACUCUCUUUAAACAAGCAGGUUUAAUGCUCAUUGAUGAGCUUGGCUUCCUAUUCUUCAAAUACAUUUUUCAAAAGAUGCUCAAAAAUCUCUCUGGAAGUUUUGAGCCUGGAAUGGUCUACAUUUUAUGAAAUCCCUUUGCAAAGGAGAGAGAAUGGAUGUUGCUGAAAAUCUUUUAACUCGUUUCUACAAGUUGGGCUGCUCUUAAAAAUCCUAAAGUGUUUUUGUCUAACAAAGUUUGAAUUCACUAAGUCAGAAAUCAGGAAUGAUCAGACAUUUUGCAAAAUUCUGUUUAACAGCAAUGCUCUAUAAAGAUUUAUUUCCCCCAUUUAAUUUUAAAAUGUUUCCCCCCCAUAUUUCUCACUUGUAAAGGGGCUUCAGAGUAUGUCAGUUUCUGUCUUUUCACUUGUGUAGGAGAUUGUCAGAAGUAUUGUAUCCUCAAAGUAAGCUCCAGCUACAUAUAGAGAAUACAACGUUAGCAGCAAAACCUCCAGUUAAUAUUAUAUCUGUGAAUACUUCCUAGUGUGUUCAGUACUAUUUUUAAACACAUGCUUUUUUAUUACAUCCUCAGUAAUAACCCUGGACCAUAUUGUACAAUACCCAAAUGUUGCCCAGCGCUAUAAGCAAAGAUCUUAAAUUUAAACAACAUACUCUAUCUUUGUGUGAUGCUUUCCCCCUUAGGAGUCCUUUUAGUUACUUUCUUUU